AUGACACAGACUGAGAUUGAGCAAAAAAAGAAAGAAUCUCUAAAUGCUUUGUUCAAAUCUCAAGCAACCACCGACAAGUCUCAACUCAAUCAAAAGGUUUCCUUGAGUGGCCAAAUGGACUACACUUCUUCCGAAUAUUCCAUUUUCAGCAACCCCAGCUACUCAGAUUCGCAUUCGAACUACCGAUCGACGGAAAAACGGAAAGCUGAUUGGGAUGAUGAUGAGGUCAGUCAGGCAAAAGUGUACAAACGGUUCUAA